CCUCCCUCUCUACCUCAGUCCUCCAAAAUACACUGCAUAAAUCAAAGAAACAUGGCAAUUAGAUUACUCUACCACCAACCAACCCUACUCACCUCCUCCACUUUUCUCCUCUCUCUCCGCCUCUUCUCCUCCAUCCAAAAUCAUAACUUCUCUUCAGAUAACGAUGCUUUCUCUCCUCGAAACGAUACCCUUCUCCCUACCCUCCAACCUUCAAACGACGCCGAUUUACUCUCCCAAAUCCUCCUCCACCAUCACAACCCAUUCCAUGCCAUGGAAUCAUCUCUUCAAUUACCCGGAAUUUCUCUCACCCCUUCCCUCCUCCACCAAACCCUCCUCCGCCUCCGCCAUAACUCCAAAAUCGCCCUUUCCCUUUUCCACCACUCCCUCUCCCUCCCUCCCACCUCAACCGACACUCCACCCACCUCGACCGGCACUUCUACUACCUCAGCCGACAGUUCAGCUGCAACCACUGUCACUUACAAUCUUAUGAUCGACAUUCUCGCCAAAGUACGACAAUUUGAUGUCUGCUGGCAACUUAUAGUUGAAAUGGACCAACGUAACGUAAAACCCACUUCAGAAACUUUCUUUGUUCUCAUUAGGAGAUUGGUUGCAGCGGGACUCACUCGUCAGGCAAUUCGUGCUUUUGAUGAUAUGGAAAGUUUUGUUUCUGAGCCUGUGAAUGAGACCCAUUUUUGUUUCCUGCUUGAUACUUUGUGUAAAUAUGGGUAUGUGAAAGUGGGUGUUGAGAUUUUUAAUAAAAGGAAGCAUAGGUUUAGUCCUAAUGUCAAAAUGUAUACAGUUUUGAUAUAUGGGUGGUGUAAGAUUGGUAGAAUUGAUAUGGCCGAGAGGUUUUUGAAGGAAAUGGGUGAGAGAGGGAUUGAGGCUACUGUUGUUACAUAUAAUGUUUUGUUAAAUGGGAUUUGUAGGAGGGCAAGUCUGCACCCGGAGAGUAGGUUUGAGAGGACGAUAAGAUUGGCAGAGAAUUUGUUUGAUGAAAUGCGUGAGAGAGGGAUUGAACCCGAUGUCACAAGUUUUUCUAUUGUUCUUCAUGUGUAUAGUCGGGCGCAUAAGCCUGAAUUGACGCUUGAUAAGUUGAAGUUGAUGAAGGAGAAGGGGAUUUGUCCGAGUGUGGUGACUUAUACUUCGGUGGUUAAGUGUCUUUGUUCGUGUGGGAGGAUUGAGGAUGCGGAGGAGUUGCUUGGUGAGAUGGUGAGGAAUGGUGUUAGUCCUACUGCGGUUACUUAUAAUUGUUUCUUUAAGGAGUAUAUGGGAAGGAAGGACGCAGAGAGUGCGUUGAAAUUGUAUAGGAAGAUGAGGGAGGAUGGUUUGGGGUCUUUGGGUUUGCAUUCAUAUAAUAUAUUGUUGAGGAUGUUUAUGAUGUUGAAUCGAUUGGAUAUUGUGAACGAGAUAUGGGAGGAUUUAAAAUCUAGUGGUUUAGGGCCAGAUUUAGAUUCAUAUACAAUGUUGAUUCAUGGGUUAUGUGAGAAAGAAAAGUGGAGGGAGGCUUGUAAGUUUUUUGUUGAGAUGAUAGAAAAGGGAUUGCUUCCCCAAAAGGUUACUUUCGAGACACUGUACAAGGGUUUAAUACAGUCUGAUAUGUUGAGAACUUGGAGAAGGUUGAAGAAGAAGCUUGAUGAAGAGUCAAUAACAUUCGGUUCAGAGUUUCAAAAUUAUCAGUUAAAGCCAUACAGGAGAUGAUGUGCUAUUUCCGCACCAUGACAGACUUUAAUCAUUUACUUCUAGAGAAUUGUAUCACCGUUUCCAUCCCCGUGGUUCUCUUACUGAUUUACCCUGCUUAUGGACAGAAUUGGUUUCUCGAUUUGAGCUUGAAAAAUGGAAGGAGUGCUUGGCAUACGUUUCUCCAGGCUGCUUACUGCAUCGGUUUUCAAAGCCUCAGAGCUUAAGCCUCGCCAUUAGCCAAUUGGUAAUGUCCAUGAAGACAGAAAUGGCAUGGCAAGGUGCGUGCCACCAGACAAGUCCCGAGAAAAAAAUCUUAGCAUAUAUGAACGAGACAGGAUUUGCAAGAUAAGUUCUGGUUGAUUUCUAGAAGAUGACUAUCAAAGGCAACAAAGCUAGCAAAUCUGGCCGGGGAGUCACCUGAGCUAAGAAAAUGCUGUGAUAUGAUUAACUACUGCAAAAGCGCCACAUAGGAGCGCACAUGAUUUGCAUUGAAGGUGCAUCUUAGUUCAACAACCUCAACCAGUAUCAUGAAAAGAUGUGAUAGUUUGAAUAGUUCGUGGUAGUUAGGCUGUAUGCUGUUGCAGGAAAUAUUAAUAUAUACUUGUACUUUCAUCCUGUCUUUGUUUUGCUACAAAUAUUUACUCCUGUUGAUAGGUUUUAUUCUGAUUCGCAA